AUGGACUUAUUGACGUCAACAGCUGCGUCACUCAUGACGUCGGACAACACUUUAUUAACAGUGGAAGCGUUCAGGAGUCAACUUUUUUGGGUUUUGAUCGUGGGAAUAAUCUUAGCAUUUGUGCUUGGAUUUGCAAUGGGUGCAAAUGACGUUGCAAAUGCUUUUGGUACUUCCGUCGGUAGCAAAGUUCUGACCCUUCGAAAAGCAUAUUUACUUGCAGUUAUAUUUGAAUCUCUUGGAGCUGUUCUCGUUGGUUACAACGUGACAGAUACAAUGAGGAAAGGUGUCAUUGACGUAGAAUUAUAUAAUAAUACACCGAAAGAAUUAUUUAUCGGUCAAGUGGCCAUUCUUGGAGGAUGUUCAACGUGGUUACUGAUUGCAACAUUUGCACAGUUACCAGUUUCAACAACGCAUAGCAUCACCGGGGCAACACUUGGUUUUGGUUUACUGAUGAGAGGUUUUCAAGGCAUACACUGGUGGAAAAUUUUUGACAUCGUCUCAUCGUGGAUUCUUUCGCCUUUGUUAUCCGGUCUUGCCUCUGCAGUACUUUAUAUACUUGUUGAUUUCACGGUGAUACGACGAAAAAAUCCCUUCGAAUGUGGCUUGCGAGUUUUACCGUUAUUUUAUUGGUUUUGUAUUGCUUUUAAUGCUUUUGCUGUCAGUUUUCAAGGAUCUAAAGUUUUGCACCUUGCAAGCUUACCAUUAUGGAUAUGCUUGUCAAUUAGUAUUGGAAUAGCCACAAUUGCUGCUUUCAUUAUUUACUUGUUUAUGGUACCACAACUGAGAAAAUGGGUUCAAAGUAAAUUUCCUAAAUAUUUAGAUGGAAUAGUGGAAAUUUUUGUUACUGGUAGCAAUAUUUUGGAUGAUAAGCAAAUGACGACGUCAGUGGAUAAUAUUGAAUCCGAGAACAAUAAACGUUCUGUUCCAGCUUGGAAAAAGCUACUAAAAUGGUUUUUACCAGACAAAGAUUGCCAGCCGGAUUCAAAGACUACACACGUAUUUGGUUCAAUUCAAGCAUUUACUGCUUGUUUUGAAGGUUUCGCGCAUGGAGCAAAUGACGUUGCCAAUGCAAUUGCACCUUUGGUGGCCCUGUUGUCCAUUUAUACGGACAUGGAUGUUGAACAGAAAGGUGAAACGCCUAUUUAUGUCUUGGCUUAUGGAGUUGUAGCAAUGUGUGUUGGAUUAGUUGUACUUGGACAUAAGGUCAUACGAACAGUUGGCACUGAGAUGUCAGAAAUUAAUCCAGCUAGUGGGUUCACUAUCGAGUUUGGUGCUGCAGUCACGGCACUGCUUGCAAGCAAAGCUGGUCUACCCAUCAGUACAACGCACUGCCUGGUUGGUAGUGUAGUAGCUGUUGGAGUAAUCAAAUCCCGUCGUUCAGGUAUUUGCUGGAGUAUAUUUCGGAAUAUUAUUCUAUCUUGGGUAAUUACUUUACCUGCAUCAGGUAAAUAUUUACAAUUUAGAAAUUGUUAUCAAAGCUACUUUCAUUUCACACAAUUAGCAAAAAAUAUGCGUCGUUCAAAAAUUUCAGAAAUUACUGAGAUUUUAUAA